GGAGAGUCGCCAUCAUCUUCCUGUGGUUUCAAGAAUGCGCCGGUCUUUGCUUCCGCAGAGCAAGCCACGGGCGACGACGAGAGCCAAGACCCAACGCACUCUGCUGUGUUGCCUUUUCAAAGGGCACGCUCCGAAAAGUCCGAGAGCGAGAGGGCCCCGACGUUGAAUGAAAUCAUAAUUCCGUAG